AUGGAAUAUUCAUCUAUUCAAUUGAAUGAUUUAUCUGAUGAAAUUCUUCUAAUUAUUUUCAAAAACUUAAACAAUAUUGAUCUACUUUACUCUCUGAUAGGUGUUAAUAAACAACUCAAUAACAUUGUACAUGAUUCUAUGUUUACUAGUAGUUUAACAUUAUUCAAUCAUUCAUCAUAUAAUAAUAUUUAUCCAUUAUCUGAUUUAAUGCUUGAUCGAUUUUGUUUCCAAAUCUUACCUUCGAUUCAUCACAAAAUUAAAUGGAUUGAUGUUGAAGUAUCAUCUAUGAAACGUAUUCUUUCUGCAAAUUAUCCGAUUUUAUCUGGACUUGGUAUAUACAACAUUGAAAAAGAUACUGAUUUAGAUAUAUUUACUGGUAAGAUAUUUUUAUCUCAAUUCUAA